AUGCAGACUGUAUUUAUGGUUGCUGAGAAACCAUCACUAGCUGAAUCAAUAGCGAAAUCCUUAUCUAAUAAGCGUAAUUCAAGUCGACGUGGAUUCAAUGGAGCAUGUUCUAUUCAUGAAUGGACUGGUCAAUUUAUGAGUGAACAAGUUCGCUUUAAAAUGACGUCAGUGUGUGGUCACGUAAUGAAUGUCGAUUUCUUAAGUCGUUAUAAUAGUUGGGAUAAAGUAGAUCCUGCUGAGCUGUUUGUUGCUCCGAUUGAGAAAAAGGAAGCUAACCCCAAAUUGAAAAUGGUGGAUUUUCUUCGCCACGAGGCGAAAAAUGCUGGUAUAUUAAUUCUUUAG